GCUGGGAGGUACUGGGGGCACUGGGAGGUGCUGGGAGCACUGGGGAGACUGAAGGUCUCGGGGAACACUGAGAGGCACUGGCAGAACUGGGAGGUACUGGGAGGUGCCCCCGGAGACAUGAGGACCUCGUGAUGCUGUGGGUGGCCCUGGCCGGAACGGGGGCCUCCAGCUGCCAUGUUCCUGAGGGGGGGCCAUGCCCCGUCACCCCAGCCCCUGCCUGCCCGCAGUGCAGUGGGAAUGCCAGGAUGGCUCAUCCUGCCCUGCCAGCACCAGUCUGCUCCCUGCCCGAGCAUGUCCCCUGUGCCAGGGGCCAGCGCUGCUGUCCCCGAGGGUCCCACUGCGGCACUGACGGGGAGUCCUGCGUCCCAGACCCAGCCCCCCGUGCUGUGCCCUGUCCCGACGGAACGUCCGAGUGUCCCGAUGACGCCACGUGCUGUGUGACGGCCAGCGGCGCCUGGGGGUGCUGCCCCAUGCCCCAGGCCUCGUGCUGUGCCGACAAGGUGCACUGCUGUCCCCACGCCACCACCUGUGACCUGACCCGCGGGCGCUGCCUGUCCCCCGGCGGUGACAGGGACGUCCCCCUGAGCCGACCUUCCCGCCUGGAAGCGCCAGCCCCCGCCCCAGUGGAGCUGCGCCAGGUGCUGUGUCCUGGCGGCCGCUCGGCGUGUCCCGACGGAGCGACCUGCUGCCAGCUGUCCCCAUCCGAGUAUGGCUGCUGUCCCCUGCAGAACGCCGUGUGCUGCAGUGACAGGCAGCACUGCUGUCCCCAGGGCACCACCUGUGACCUGACCCGCUCCACCUGCACCUCCUUGGGGGGCUCCAUGCCCUGUGUCCCCGUGUCCCCAGCUGGUGAGGUCAAGUGUGACGAGGAGACGAGCUGCCCCGACGGGAACACGUGCUGCAGGCUCAUCGGGGCCUGGGGGUGCUGUCCCCUCGAGCAGGCCGUCUGCUGCCCGAACCACGUGCACUGCUGCCCCCAGGGCUACACCUGCGACCCCUGAGGGGGGCAGCUGCCUGCAGGGGGGGGCACCCGCCUGCCCUGGGUGAGGAAGACCCCGGCGCUGCCCCGGGGGGGACAGGUGACAUCGGGAACGAUCAAGUGUGAUGAGGAGACGAGCUGCCCCGACGGGAGCACGUGCUGCCGGCUCAGCCUGGGCACCUGGGGGUGCUGCCCCCUCGAGCAGGCCGUCUGCUGCCCCGACCACGUGCACUGCUGCCCCCAGGGCUACACCUGCGACCCCGAGGGGGGCAGCUGCCUGCAGGGGGGGGGCACCCGCCCUGCCCUGGGUGAGGAAGACCCGGCGCUGCCCCGGGGGGGACAGGUGACAUUGAGGAACGUCAAGUGUGAUGAGGAGACGAGCUGCCCCGACGGGAGCACGUGCUGCCAGCUCAGUGGGCACAGGGGGUGCUGCCACCUCGAACAGGCCGUCUGCUGUGGGGACCACAAGCACUGCUGCCCCCGGGGCUACACCUGCAACGUGGCCACUGAGAGCUGCGAGAAGCUGCUGGCACCCACCCCGCUGCUUCCAGCACCUGCAGAGCACCCGUGGGGCACCCUCCCCCCUGCGCUGGGCACCCCCAUGCCCCCCGCCCCGCUGCGAGCCGCCGGUGCCCACCCAGGUGCCCCCGUGCCCUGCGGUGCCACCAGCUCCUGCCGUGGCGGGCAGCGGUGCUGCCGGGCCCGGGGGGGCUCCUGGGGGUGCUGCCCCUUCGCCCAGGGCUCCUGCUGCUCCGACGGCCGCCACUGCUGCCCCGCGGGGUCCCGCUGCACGGGGGGGGGCUGGGGGUGCAGCCCCCAGCGAGGAACCCCACCGCUGGUGCUGGUGUGGGGGCUGAAACGGAGGCAGGAGGCAGAGGCUGGGGGGAUUUUGUGUGUUUAA